GGGGGCGCGGCCUGGACCCCCGGGAAGCCGUGGCCAACGGGCGGCGCCUCCUGGGCACUGGCCGGUCCUGGUCGGGCUGGGGACGCUGCUGGAGAGGGGAGCCGCCAGGACCUCGGGCGCCGGGCAGCGGGAGACCAGCCCAGGGUCUGCAGACGCGGGAGGCGGCCUCAGCCCCUCCUGCCCUUGAGCGCCCUUAUCUCCGGUCAGUGUCCCGGCCGCGGCGGCGUUAGGGGAAGUGUCCGGCCCGGCCCGGUGGAGUGGGGGAGCAGGCGCGUCCUGUCUGCCCACUGGCCACCAACCUCGCUUCCUCCUACUGUUCUUUUCCUGUUGGCGCUGGAGCGAACCGAAAAGUUACCCAUGGUGGCCCCCCAGAGUGUCUGCUGGGCUGCCGGCCCACCGGGCUGCCCACAGGAGGGGGGCCCUUCUGAUCCUGGCCAGGGCAGCCUUGUGUGAUCAAAUGGCCCUGACGGGGCUGACUCUCGGGCCCCCUUAACACGCAGGAGUUUGUGACCAGACUGCAGACAACAGGACCCCAGUAAGGCCCAGCCUGGGAGUUCGGGAUCUUGUGACUGCAAGCCCUGCUGAACUGUGGGGAAGCUGGGACUCAGCUGGGUGCUUGGUUGUUCUGUGCUCUCCUGAGAGCCCCUCUUGCGGGGCCCCCUCCCUCUGCCUGCGUCUGGGGGCAGUCUAAGCCCCUGUGGGAGGACCCCCCGCCCCCAGAGCUGGGCUCCAGGGGAGAUGGGGUAAGUUGAUCCUUCCACUUCUGAGUGCCUUUCUCAACCGUGGGUAGAAGGGUAGUAUUUCCGUGGCCCAGGUGCCUGGAGGAGGGCCCCAGAUGGGAGGGGAGCCUGGGAGCCCCUGCUCUGCAACUCUGCUGGUGGGCAUGGCCUGGCCUUGGUGUCAGGCACCUCUCACUUCCUCUUGGGUUGUUCUGCUCCCGAGAGGAGCACUUCUCUUUUCUUCUGCGUCUGAAGCUCUCUAGAGCUGCUCCCCGUGAGCAACCAGGCUGGUGACCUCGUGACCUCCUGAAAGCCAGGCUUAAACUCAGUGAUUGCUAGGCUUUAGAGAGGGAGCCGGUCUUACCUAGUGUCUCUGCUCUAAGGACCAUUGCCCCAGACCAGGUGCUCUGAGAGCAGGAAGCGGCUGGGUCCUCAAACCUUUCUGGACGGGGUCACUUUGCUGAAACUCUUUGGUUUCAGGCUCUGCAUUAGACUCUCUGGACCCGUGUGUCAGACAGCAUCUUGUUGAGCCCCGCUUUACAGACAAGAGGCCCAGGCUGAGGGCAGCCAGGCUGUGGAGAGGGAUGGGUGGGCUGCACAUCCAGUCCUUCCAGCCCCUGCUUCCACCGCCCCCGAUGCUUGUCUUUUAUUCGGGAAGAAGGAUUCUGCACUCUAGAGGUUCUCUAAAACCAUGGAUGUCUUCGUGGGCCUGAGCGGGUUGCUGAAGAGCCUACGGGGCUGGGUGUGUAAGAGCCCAAGCUCAGACUCCGCCCGGGUGCUCCCUGCCCCCGGAUCAGCUGCUCUUUUGCCCGCACUGACUCCUGCCCUCUCACCUGGCACCCGCAGGAGCGUCCUGAAGCAGGGACAUGGUGGUGUCUCUCUUGUCUAACCUCUUGUGCCAGGUUCCCAGGCAGGGUCACCCCCCCCCCAGCACUCCCCCCCCGACCAAGAGUGCCCAGAAGGCCUGUGGCGUCCCUUUGGUGUCCUCGGCUCCCCGUGCCCAGCACUGCCCCGGCCGCACCAAGGCAGGUGGUCAGUGAGCAUCCUGAGUCAGCUGCAGGCCGCCCUGGUGACCUGGCUCUGAACUCAGAGGGGCCUCUAGGGGCGUGGGGCCAGAACGGCACCUGCAGCCUCCUGGGGAAGAGGACCGGCCAGCCCGUCUCCGCCUUCCUGGAUGAGGGGAAGGAGGGUAUGGGUGGAGUUUGGACUUGGACACCUGCCCAGGCACACCUGUCACUCUGGGUCACCCUGCGGAUGGCUGUGCUGGUGCUGCCAGGACGGUGCAGGGAGCUGGGGGCCACGGGGGAGCAGCGGGGACCUCCUGACGCCCCCAGGACACGCCGUCCCUCCAGUGAGGACUUGUCCGGGGCUCUGGCCUCCCUGCCUGUCCUGGCGGCACCAUCUCCCUCCAGCAGCGGCCCCGCUCCUGCUGUCUGCUUCCCCCUCCCUGGUGGCCGGACUGCGGGCCAGGGCUAGACGGCGCUGCGAGACAUCAGAGGGAAAGCAGGCUGAUAGCUGCUACUGACAAGAGCCGCGGUGUCCGUGUCCCAAGGAAGCGCCCAUGGCUUCGCUUCCUCGGCCAUUGGGCCAGGCCUGGAGCGGAGGCAGCGCCUGCCGCCGGCCCUGCCAGGGCCCCCCCCAACCCACCGCUCCUGAAGAGGCGGCUGCAGAGACGCUCCCCACGGCCCGUCUGCCUCCCUGGCGUGAGCCGGAGGCUCCAGUACCUUUAUGUCUCUGAAGCAACUCUGUCCCCAUGAAGCCUGCGGUCACCAGCCACCCAGGCCGCGCUGCUCUGCGGCCACUUGGCCAACAGAAAUGUGGAAGUGCCAGAGGCAUGCGCCCAUCAGCAAGCGGCUCUGAACUUGUGAACUGGAAAGCGAAGUCGUGGUGGCGUCCCUGGCUCCCUGGCAGAAGUUUCCUUUUUUUUGACGCUCGACUGAGUGGGUACGACUAGAGACAAAGAACACGCCGGGACCCUGCAUCUCAUCCUCCGAUCUCCCUGCCGGCGAGCCACCCCUCACCUGUGGGUGUCACUCUGGGGGACUGUCUCCACCCCUCUCUCCUGGAAAGCAGGGGCCUGGAAGCGGAGCCCUGCUGGCCACGUGACCCGUACGGGGUGGCGGGCCCAGGAUCUGGACCAUGGCUGAACACGGCGGGGCCGAGGUGUGGAGAUAGCGGCUGCCUGAAGCAUGUGCAGGCAGGGUCUGCGGCCGGACUGUUUCCUCCCGGGCCAGAUAGUGGAAUGCUGGUUUCUGUUUUGUUCCUGCAGCUGGUUUUUAAGUGACAUUGAUGGUGACUCUCAGCAGAAUCUCAACAGCCCUCUUCUCAAGGUCCUGGCCUGGCCGGUGGGGGUGUUUGGGCCUCACAGUGCACCUGGGAAGGACAGGAGGCGUGUGGCCCGUGGGCAAGUGGUACCAGGACCUGGGUCCCGGGGAGUCUCGCUGAUUGCUUGCCAAGAGCCCUGACCCUCGCCCCACGCACCCUUCCCUGGUGGCCGCAGCCAUGGGCAGAGCCAGGCUGCGGAGGCCUUGUCCCCUGUGGCCCUGGCCGGCCUAGACAGUGGUGGCCUUGGACCAGGCAGCGAGGAGCAGCCGAGUCAGGCCCCAGACUGCUCAGUGUGAGGCCCUGCCGCCAGACGGGCUGUGCCCUGGAGCCUGGGCUCGGCCUUGGAGGCGAGGCUCGGGGGUGGGUCUUCCAGGCACUUGGCCCUCCCCACUGGACGGGUCUGGACUUUGGCCCUGGAGUAGCCCAGCCCGCAGGCUUAUCGCCAGGACCCAGAGUCCAUCAGCCAGGGGUGCCAACCUGUCUCCCUGCUGCAGGACUCCACCUUCCACCCCAAGACCGAGGCGGCACGGAGGCCAGGCCCUGUCCUCGCUCCCCUGGGCUCUGGCUGCGGGUGGGCCGCCCCCAGCUGUCCUCUGUGCUCUCGCCACACGCACUCGCCCGGGCCCAUGGCCGCGGUCGGGGAGUGGGCCUGCGCACGCUGCACCUUCCUGAACCCGGCUGGCCAGCGCCAGUGCUCCAUCUGCGAGGCCCCGCGGCACAAGCCCGACCUGGACCAGAUCCUGCGACUCAGCGUGGAGGAGCAGAAGUGGCCGUGUGCCCGCUGCACAUUCCGCAACCUUCUGGGCAGGGGGGCCUGCGAGGUGUGCGGCUUCGCCCCUGAGCCCGGCCCAGGGGCCCCCCCGCUGCCCAUCAUCAACGGGGCGCCCCCAGAACCCCCGGGCAGCUGCCGGGACGAGGCGGGGCCCCUGCGGACAGCGGGGCCGGUGGCCGUGGAGCCAGCGGGUGGGCGGCCGGCAGAAGCGGAGGGGCAGGAGGGGGGCGCGGCCACGCCUGGGAGCGGCUGGGCCUGCCAGCGCUGCACGCUGCACAACACGCCCGUGGCCAGCUCCUGCUCGGCCUGCGGGGGGCCCCGGAAACUCUCGCUGCCCAGGAUCCCUCCCGAGGCACUUGUGGUCCCGGAAGUUGUGGCUCCUGCAGGCUUCCCCGGCGUGCCGGCCCCUGCCCAGCCUGGGGAAGGUGCCGAGGCCAACCCUCCUUCUGCCGUGGACCAGGAGCCCCCCCGGGGGCCACCCUUCAGCCCGUUCUCGCCCACCCUCCAGAACAACCCUGUGCCUCGCAGCCGCCGCGAGGUGCCCCCCCAGCUGCAGCCACCGGUGCCUGAGGCCGCCCAGCCCUCGCCCUCUGCCGGCUCCAAGGGGCCCCCCCAGGGCCUGGGGCGGCCCGCAGCCGGGGCCUCCCGCCUGGCGGAGCUGCUGUCAGGCAAGCGACUGAGCUUCCUGGAGGAGGAGGCGGCCGAGGGGGGCCCUACGCUGCGCCUCCCGGGGCCCGCCAGCCCUGCGCACUGCGAGGCCGGCAGCACCACGCCGGGCAGCGACAUCAUUGACCUGGGUGGCGACAGCGUGCGUUACACGCCGGCCAGCCCCUCCAGCCCUGACUUCACCACCUGGUCGUGCGCCAGGUGCACGCUCAGGAACCCCACGGCGACCCCCCGGUGCACGGUGUGCGGCUGCUCCAAGCUUCACGGCUUCCAGGAGCACGGCGACGCCCCCGCCCACUGCCCCGACUGCAGUGCAGACAGGCCCGGGCCCUGCCCAGCCCACAAGGCCGGCCGCCCCCUCCCCGUGGCGCCAUCUGAGCGCCCGGGCCAGUGGGCCUGCCCUGCCUGCACCCUGCUCAACGCGCCUCGGGCCAAGCACUGUGCCACCUGCCACACCCCCCAGCUCCUGGCGGCCCAGCGCCGGGGCGUGGCGCCGCUGCGGCGCAGGGAGAGCGUGCUCGUGGAGAAGCGGCGGCAGACGGACGAGGGCGAGGCCAAGGCCCUGUGGGAGGACAUCGUGGCCUUCUGCCGGGAGAACAGUGUGAACUUUGUGGACGACAGCUUCCCCCCCGGGCCCGCGUCUGUGGGCUUCCCCGCGGGUGACAGUGUCCAGCAGCGUGUGCGACAGUGGUUGCGGCCGCACGAGAUCAACUGCUCCGUCUUCAGGGACCACGGCACCUCCUGGUCCGUGUUCCACACGCUCCGGCCUUCCGACAUCCUGCAGGGUCUCCUGGGGAACUGCUGGUUCUUGAGUGCGCUGGCAGUGCUUGCUGAGCGGCCGGACCUGGUUGAGCGGGUGAUGGUCACACGCAGCCUGUGUGCAGAGGGUGCCUACCAGGUGAGGCUGUGCAAGGACGGCACAUGGACAACAGUGCUGGUGGACGACAUGCUGCCCUGCGACGAGGCCGGCUUCCUGCUCUUCUCCCAGGCUCAGCGCAAGCAGCUGUGGGUGGCCCUCAUCGAGAAGGCGCUGGCCAAGCUGCACGGCUCCUACUUUGCGCUCCAGGCCGGGCGCGCCAUAGAGGGCCUGGCCACACUCACCGGUGCCCCUUGUGAGAGCCUGGCUUUGCAGGUCAGCUCCACGAACCCCCGUGAGGAACCGGUGGACACUGAUCUCAUCUGGGCCAAAAUGCUGAGUUCUAAAGAGGCUGGGUUCCUCAUGGGCGCCUCCUGUGGUGGGGGCAACAUGAAGGUGGACGAUGCUGUCUAUGAGAGUCUAGGCCUGCGUCCCCGCCACGCCUACUCCAUCUUGGAUGUCCGGGAUGUCCAGGGCUCCAGGCUCUUGCGCCUACGGAACCCGUGGGGCCGCUUCUCCUGGAACGGCAGCUGGUCAGAUGAGUGGCCACACUGGCCAGGGCACCUGCGGAGUGAGCUCAUGCCGCAUGGCAGCAGCGAGGGUGUCUUCUGGAUGGAGUACAGUGACUUCGUCAGGUACUUCGACUCCGUGGAUAUCUGCAAGGUGCACUCAGACUGGCAGGAGGCUCGGGUGCAAGGCAGCUUCCCCAGCUCGGCCAGUGGGCCGGUGGGCGUGACGGCCCUCACGGUGUUGGAGCGCGCCUCCCUGGAGUUUGCCCUCUUCCAGGAGGGCAGCAGGCGCGCGGACUCAGUGGACAGUCACCUCCUGGACAUGUGUGUCUUGGUGUUCCGGGCCUCCUUCGGUAGCGGCGGCCGCCUGAGCCUGGGCCGCCUGCUAGCCCACAGCAAGCGCGCCGUGAAGAAGUUUGUCAACUGUGACGUGAUGCUGGAGCCGGGCGAGUAUGCCGUGGUGUGCUGUGCCUUCAACCACUGGGGCCCUGUACCAGGCCCACCCGCUCUGCAGGCCUCCAGCCCCUCAGCGGGGGCCCCGCGCAGCACCCCGGAGGCGCCCGGCCACGUGCUGGCCGUGUACAGCUCGAGGCUCGUCAUGGUGGAGCCCGUGGAGGCCCAGCCGACCACGCUGGCCGACGCCAUCAUCUUGCUCACGGAGAGCAGGGGCGAACGGCACGAGGGCCGCGAGGGCAUGACCUGCUACUACCUGACGCACGGCUGGGCGGGGCUCAUCGUGGUUGUGGAGAACCGGCACCCCAAGUCUUACCUGCACGUGCAGUGCGACUGCUCCGACAGCUUCAACGUGGUGUCCACGCGCGGCAGCCUGCGCACCCAGGACAGCGUGCCGCCUCUGCACAGGCAGGUCCUGGUGAUCCUGUCACAGCUGGAAGGAAACGCCGGCUUCUCCAUCACCCACCGCCUGGCGCACCGCAAGGCAGCGCAGGCCUUCCUCAGCGACUGGACGGCCUCCAAGGGCAGCCACAGCCCCCCACUCACGCCGGAGGUCGCUGGCCUGCACGGCCCCCGGCCGCUGUGACCUCCCUGCCCCCACCCGCCUGCCCCCACACGCACUUUAUGAGGGAGACCCCAACAGGACGCUUGAACCACAAUCUCAGGACCCCCACCCAGGGAGCUCCAGCCACGGGCACAGCUCCCCUGGCCCUCCCCCCGCCCCUCCCUCCUGCCCAGGGCCUCCCAGCCACCCAGCAGAUUACCUCGAACCCACCUCCAGCUCUAGGGGGCUGUGUGCCAGCCUCUCUGACCAACCCACCUUGAGGUCUGGCUCCAAUCUCCAGGAUCAGGGUGAGGCUGCCCCUUCUCCAUGGGCCUGUGUCUCCUGCUCCGGUCAGGCAGCCAUGUGCUCCAAAACCAAAUCUGGGCAGGUCAGAGGCCAAGACCCCAGAAUGAGAGCAGGGACCACCCUCGUUGUAGGGGUCAGAGGUCAGGAUUCCAGGUUGAGAGCAGGGACCAUUUCCGUUUUGUGAUCAGAGGCCAGGAUCCUGAGAUGAGCAAGGACCAGCCCUUUGUUGGGUCAGGCCAGGACCCCAGGGUGAAAGUAGGGACCACCUCUAUUUUAGGGGAUCAAGGCCAGGGCCCAAGGAUGAGAGCAGGGACCACUCCAGUUUGGGGAGGUCAGAGGUCAAGAUCCCAGGGUGAGAGUAGGGACCACCCCCUUUCCCUCAGUUUGCCCCCAUAUCCCACCUCACCCCCAAGCCCUCAUGCGGCCAGCAGGGGUCCCUAGAGCCCCAGCAGGGUCUGAGAAGGCAGGUGCCCGGCAACCGUGGGCUGAACCAGGGUGGGGAGGGACACUAUGCAAUUCCUGGCGCGCCAGCCAGGAUCGAAGCCAUGCCCUGGGCCAGGGCUGGGGUGGUGGUCAGGUGGGCCUGGGCCCAGCCCCGUGCUUGGCACCACCUGACCUGCAGGAGAAGCAGAGUCCCAGAGUCCCCUGGGCCGUGUCCAGGCGCAAUCAGGGUGGGCCCCAGCCCCACAGCCCUCCCGCCGAGCCAGCGUUCUCCCUGUCUGCUCAGCCCUGAGCUCUGUCUGCCUGGGGACGACUAAGGCCGCUUCCUGGGUGCCCGGCCUUGCUGCCCGGCAGCCUUCUGGCAGCGAGCGGCCCUGCCCAUGGUCCCUCGCUUUCCAUGGGGCUGUGGGGUUAGGGGGGGCAGUUUCACAGCUGGAGAAGCACUAGACCCCUGGCCCCCUUUGUACUCCUCCUGUUACUCUGAGUGGGGGGUUCACACCUGGAGAAGCACUAGACCCCACCCCCCACCCCUGCCCCCUUUGUACUCCUCCUCUUACUCUGAGCUGUGAGUAUUUUUAACCUUGUACAUACGGCAGCUCUUCUGAUGCAGAGACUAUUUUAUCAACGUCAGCGCCAUCCCCGUAGGAUGACCCCAUGGGUGUUUCCAGACUCAGGCUCCGACGGACCAAAUAAAGAUGUUUUGUUUUGUAA